AUGGCAACUUGCGACACACGAACAAUGGUGUGGGCACCGGGAAACCACAAGAAGGUGGAGCACUCCAAGACGAAGGUUGCUACUGGACCUUGGUCCACUGGUCACUUUUGGGUCGACAAUGGGCCGUCCUUUUCGACGCCAUGGGACACCCCGGACGCCCUGGGAUGGACGCCAGAUGUUGGAUCUCCACCGGCCAUGAACAACAACGCGGCUGAUGCUACGGGGCCCUGGUCCACUGGAAGUCUUUGGGUUGACAAUGGGCCGUCCCUGUUAACACCGUGGGACACCCCUGAGGUCCUGGGUUGGAACACCUACACACCUUGUUGGGAAGACAACUCGUGGUGGGAUACGCGGAACUUCGAGGAAGAAUGGUGCAGAAGCGACUUGUCCGCGGUCUGGCGCGGACCAGUAACGGCCAUCGUAAAAUUCGAGAAACCUGCGAUUACGACGCACCACCUCCCAGCAUACCCUCAGAAGAUAGCCGGCAGGCUGUUGGUUCAACGUGGCGGGGUGAUGUUCUACCCGUUUGAUGCACGACGGACUGAACUUACGGUUUACGAACCUUCGACCUCUGCUACCAAGUCUGAUGAGGAGGCCGAGGAGCAGGAGGCGCUGAACGACGCCAAGAGAUUCCUUUCGUAUGCGAAGACCGGCAACCCAAGGAUCAUGUUCAGGGGAUUCCACUCAAAGUCCGGGGGAGGCGGGGACCCCAGGCUGAACGGCCCGAAUGGGGUGUUCCCGCACGCAUUCCUGAACGGCAAGGAACCCACGAACAUGUGGGACAUUCCUGAUCUCCGCGAGAUGGUCAACGAUCACCUCACGGGCUGGGAUAGAUGCGCAUCAGCCUUCAGCUCGUGGACCCACUUCUGGAGGACGGCCAUUCACUUCUCCCAUUACAAGGACGAGAGAGGAACCAGCAUCGCAGUUCUCGACACCACCUCCAUGGAAGACCACGUCUGGUUCUCGGAAGACCUCUGGUGCGCGGAUGUGAGCGAGUACGCGUGGUCUGACGAGUACCUGCUCUACGGGCCCAUCACGGGGCCGAAGUACCACUGCAUCUCGCCCGACAAGCUCUACCGUACAACCAACAUCAAGGCCCUCCUGAAUGGUUCCACAUUUGUCUUCGGUGAAGACCCGGGCUUGGGCGCGAUCGAGCGGGCUGCUAUCGUGAGCGCCAGAAAAGUCGCCGCCUUCCUGCAGCCGCGUGGCGCCAGCACCGAGAACCUCGCGAUCCUGACCGCGAGGUUCGUCAGCUACCGAGCUCACAAGCUUGUCGGCAAGUGGCAGCGCUGCAUGUACGACGUCGACCUGGAGAAGUACACCCAAUUCACGAGGGACGAUAUUCAGGUCCUCGCUAUGCGGGCUGACGGGUGGGACAUCUCGCUCGUCGACGGCACCAUGGACACGAGACACUGUCGCUGCUUGAAGUACGAGGUCCAGUUGCUUCAGGCGGUUGAGAACGUGGUCCACGCUUUGGCUUGGAGUGUGUAA